AUGGAAACGAGGUCAUCAAGAAAAGCGUUCUUAGGAACGGAUGUCUUGUUGAACAAGAUGAAUUUAUGGGUCAUUUUCUUCGUAUAAUUUUGACUCAUUUGACCCUGUAAAAUAAUAUCCAACAUAGAAAAGCAUGUAGUUUACCAUUAGCAUUGUCAUUAUUAUCCAUAAUGGAAGCGUCUGGUCGUCAGCCGCGCAAAAACAAACGAGUCGCCGACCGGCCAUUUUACGAGAAGACGGGGACAACAAGUGCAGACAUUGUUGCUGAAGCACGUUCCGCUGUUCGUUCUCUCCAAACAAGACGACCCUGUACUCCAACAGACUCAAAGAGGACUUUAUUUGGUAACAGUGCUACAAGACCAGUGGAAGGACGACCUCCUUCGGUUCUCAGUGGGAAUUUUCAAUAUGAGGAGUCAUCGUCACGUCCACCUUCAGGAAGAGCAAGGCUUACUCCAUUAGAAAAUGCACCUGAGAUACCCGAGGAGGUUUUUAUUCCAGGACCACCAUCAACUCCUCCAAGUUCCAAAGUUAGACGUCCAAUAAGAACCUCCCUUCCCUCCAAUGGAGACACAAACACCUCUCAACCCCUAACAGGACAAGUACCAACCAUUGCAUCAGGAACCCCUUCAAUUUCACCCAAAACAAAUGCCAAAAUCAAAUCAGCUGUUGCUGGUAGUGACGGCCCAAUAGUCUUUUGCCCUUCACCACCCAAGAAAGUAUUGUCCUCUAAUACACCACCAAGCUCUGCUAGCAUUGCCAGGCGUAAUUCAGCAGGUCCUACCCCUACCCCUACCCCUCCUUCUGCAAUCAAGGCUGACUUAUUGGUAACAAGGCGGGUUCGUAGCGGUCCAAAAGAAAGAAGCUCCCCUCUCUCCCCCGAGGAGUGCGCAGCCGAGAACCAAGAACUGAAUAAGAAGUUAAAUUAUAAUGGAAAUGGUACAAGGUCAGAGGAAAGCUCCCCUAAGAAGGAUGUUAAUCACACUGAGAGGGCCAGUAGUGGGGAUAAAAGAAAAAGAAAACCAGGAUCAGAAUCAGACAAAACAAAAGAUGAACUCGCUUUAUAUUACGAGGAGCAAGUCAAACCACUUUUGGUCCAAAUGGAGGAUAAAUUUUCUGCUAACAAUACGGGUGAACUUUGUCGAGAUUGUUUGAAAUUAUGGAAUUUGUUGGAGAGAAAAGGGAUGAUGGGCAAGGCAAGUGGGAGUUCAUCGGCUCGCAGGCGAGGAGAAAUUCUCAAGACUCUAUUUAAAUUCUUGGAUGUGACGGAUCCAAGGCUGAUGCUUAGAUUAGGAAAACUUAUACUGUCAAUGAAGGUGUCUGGAAAUAACAUAACCAAUAUUUGUAUGGUCAUCUAUAAACUAGCAAAGACUGAAAAGAAUGACCAGAUGUUUCUAGAAGAAGACAUGCUUAGGUAUCUUGUGGAUGCAUUAAAAGGUUACGAUACCUUGACAUACCGUGAAGCUCUGGUCUAUACUACUGGUGCUUUAAAACACCUGAGUAAUAAUAAUCCUGCUACGCAGCAAGAACUUAUGUCUCUUGGGACAAUUGAGGCACUAGCUAACUUGUUGAAUACAAUUUGUAAUGAUAUUCCUCAGUAUGGUAAACCAGAAUGGCAUAUUUCUAACCUUCUUGUUCAGAUAACUGGGGUUCUGCGAUACAUAGCAGAUGUCAAUGGAGCCAGAGAGCUCUUCCUUAGUCUUAAUAUUAUCAAGUACCUAGGGGAUCUACUGCACCAUUUCAGUACUGAUGAAGACUUAGUUUAUAAUACAUCUAGAAUAUUAAGUAAGUUAACACUCUACAAUGACUGCUGCACACAGCUAUGUAGUUCAGAGAACUGUUUUAGAGCCUUGUUAAAGGCACUCAAAGACCAUGAUAAAAAACAGGAAGUGGUUGUUCGUAUUUGUUUCAUUCUUGGGAAUCUGACUGCCAAAAAUGAUGAAGCAAGGAGUCAGCUAUUUAAUACAAAGUCAUGUAUGAUGAUACUCUUGUCUUUGAUGAAGAUGUACUCUAGUAUGGAACAGAGUAUCAAGAGUGAAUCCAGUGAUUCUUCUAAGUCCCACAGUGACUACAGUAGUGGUAGUGAAAGCAGUUACUCGAAGAAUGAGCCUCUUGACGAUGUCCUUGUUAAGAUAAUAAGAGUCAUUGCCAAUCUGUCCAUCAAUAUGGAUGUUGGUAGUGUUAUAGCUGCUAAUGAAGACUGUAUUAAUAUAUUGUUACAAAUACUAGAUACCAAAAGUAUAGAAACCAAUGAAGAGUUAGUUCUCAAUACUGUAGCAACUCUGAACAACCUAUCAUUUUACCAAGACAGCAGCAGUGUUGUAUUACAAAGACAAGUAGAUAUCACAGAAUCUCUAUUAGGUUUGUUGUUACCUGAGAACAUGGAUGCUAUGGUGGAGGCCUCUCGAGUGUUUGGUAACCUCACCAGAAGCAAAGACGUCAGAAAGGUGUUAGCUGAACACAAGGUGGAUGAAAUAAUGAUAGCUCUUCUUGAUGCUGGCGAGAGAGAAACAGUCUUCACUGCCUGUGGGGUUUUGAUCAACCUGAUGACUGAUGAUGACAGAAGACCAAAGCUACGAGAAGAAGGCGGCAUUAAAAAGUUAAUCGAUGUCCUUCAUGACUUUGGAAAAAAUGAUUGGCAGCUGUCAGCAAUGGUGUGCCAAACACUGUGGAAUUUCAGCGGAGAUAUUACGACAUCAUUUGAUACGUUUGGAGAGGAAGAAACGUUGGACCUUAUCGACGUUCUCACAGAAUAUUUAGAUGAGGAAGUCAUUUUUUCUUCAAGUAUGGAAGAAAUGGACCCUUCUCUAUACGAUACUCUCCGAGACAUGUGGGACCAGGUUUUUUACCCUGUAGGAUAUAACCUACUCCAUAGAAUCAAGACCCAUCACACUGACCUCGUACCCCUGGAGUCUCCGAGCUAGCACUGAAUGAGAUCAUUUGUGAUGGAGUGUCAUGAGUGAGACUGAAUUUCAGAUUUGAGGUCUCCAGCUUGGAUUCGGAAUUCGCUUAGAAACAAACGCCGCACACGUUGGAAUGUUACAAAUUUUUCAGAGCUCUGGGAGCAGGUUUUUCCGGAUAUCAAAAUUGAAAAUUCUUAAUGGACACGCUUUAUUUUUUCCGUAUUUUCGAGGGAUUUGCACUUCCUUUCCUGGGCAAGCAGGAGAUGCUCAGACUCCUGGAUUUAAACUAGAAAUUAUCAUGUGGGUUUUGGAAAAGAUGGAUUCGAUUUAUGAAGAGGGAAGUCGGUCAAAGGUCAAUUAUUUACUUUAGAAGAGGAUAGUAGUUGCACCUUAGUCUAAGACGCAGCAGUGCUGACGUUAUCUCUUUGUAGGUAAAAUGUAGAAGCCAUUCUUUGUUUAGAGAGUUUAGGAACAAGUUCUUGAUAUGUAAAAAGAGCUGAAAACACGUUAUCAUGUUUACAGAACAUUGAUGAUGCUUGCAAAUCACAUUGAAUUCGAUCUACCUUGAACGUUAACAUACUUUAUACAGUGUUGAACGCUUCCCAAAGUGUUCUUUGUGUAGAGCACCGCUUUGCCCAUAAGCGAGACAUGGGACAUCAAUAUAUUGAUGUCAAUAUAUCUUAAUUUUAGUACAGUAUUUCUGAAUUCUGCAUGGGAAACCUGUUGGUAGAACCUCUCAAAGAGUUUCAUUUUAGACCCAGAGUCCUGUCAUUCUUAGUGCGCAUGCUUAAUGAAAUAACUGACAUUUGACAUUUUCAUCAAGCAUAAUAUAUACUACUAUUAUUAAGAUAUAUAUUAUAAUAUUACAGAAAUCUGGGGUUGAGAGUGAGAGUUUUUUAAGAUAGUAUGAUACACCAACCCCACCCCUUCAUACAAUAGUGUGUGUACAUAUUGUCAUAUUUCAAAAGUGUGAAAUAAAUUAUUACUGGGUUGCCUGUGGCAGCUCAGUCUAAA